AGUAUUGCAUAAUCAUUGAGAAUAUCAACAAUAUAGUUUAAAUUUGUCAAUAACUUUUUGUAAACAACUACUAUAAAAAGAGCAACUGGCUUUUUGGAGAAAGCAUCUUGAGAACAAUUGUUUAAGCUGUCGCACGCCUUAUUAUUGUUAUUUUUUUUAAUUGGAUGGAGAUUUCAAAGAAAUCUUAUCAAACGAAACCUACUCGAUCAGUAUAGUAUAGUAAAACAUGUAUCUAUGUGGUGAUGUGAAUUGUCAUUGUAAUUGCUGAAAAGUAUUUUUUUGUAAUUUUUACAUAAAAUCACUUAACAUUAAGACUCAAAAUGUUCAAGUUUGAAAGAAUAAUUAUUCAAACGUGUAAAAAUAAAAAAUUCGUUAAACCAAUAUCGUUCGCAACAAAAAAAUUUACCACUGAUAAAAUACCUACUGAUACCUCGCAAAGUUCUGGCACUCAACAAAUUUUGCACGAAAAUUCACACGAAAACAAAAAUAAUAAUGAAAAAACACCAUCAAUUAGUGAUUUUGUAAAAGCAUUUGCAAAGCAGGUUAUGUAUACCAAAGAAGAAGAAUAUAAACAGCAAACAGAACAGAGUCAAUCAUUUUCUAGCUUGCUAAGGCAUUCUAAUUUGAUGCAUCUGGGAGAUCCUGAAGGCAAAAUUGUCAUAGGAAAAAUUUUUGAAGUUGUCAACAAUGAUCUGUACAUAGAUUUUGGUUGGAAAUUUCACUGUGUUUGUACUAAACCAAUAAAAAAUAAUAGUGAUUAUGUGAGAGGAGCUAAGGUGCGUUUGAGAAUAAAAGAGUUGGAGCUUUCUACAAGAUUCCUAGGAUCUACUAAAGAUAUAACUAUACUAGAAGCAGAUUGUGUACUCCUAGGCUUAGUCUCAAGUCCAACAAAAACAAUUAAGACUGUUGAUAAAUCUACUGCAACAGCAGUCUGAAGAAUGCAAUAUAUAAAUGAAAUGGAAACGUAAAAUAAGAUAGUUUUAGAUUAAUCAAUGUUCAAUAAAAAUUAAAUACAUUAAUUUUUCAAGUUUAA